AAGACGAAGAUGUCCAUCAACGCCUCGACAGCCCCGCGGACGACGGAAAUUCUGAGGUGGACCACAUGCACGGUGUCGAGCGAGGCGAGACAAGCCAGCUCAUCAAGAAGCUGGUGCGAUAUGCCCUCGCUUGCGAAUACUCCAGAACACCGAUCCGCAGAGACGGCAUCAAAGAAAGAGUCCUCGGUAUCCACGGUCGGGAGUUUAAGAAGGUGUUUGCUGGGGCCCAGAAGCAGCUGCGAGCUACAUUUGGCAUGGAGAUGGUCGAGCUGCCCACCAAGGACAGGAACCUUUUGACGGUUGAGCAGAAGAGAAAAGCCACGAAAUCCCAGAGUCAGAAGGAGCCCACAUCAAACUCUUACAUGCUCGUUUCGGUCUUGCCCGAGUGCCUCAGAGUUCCCGACAUCAUCGCCCCGUCCAAAGUCCAGUCGGCUGAUGGCGAAGCUGCAUAUAUCGGUAUCUACACAAUGCUCAUUGCCAUCAUCACACUCAGUGGUGGCGAGCUAAGUGAUCCGCGCCUGCGACGAUACCUCACCCGUCUCAAUGCGGCCGAGAACAUGCCAAGUUCCAACCCCAACAACGAAAAUGCGCCGAGCGAGAAAACCGAGCUAGUCCUCCAGCGUAUGACUAAGCAGGGUUACCUUGUGAGGGUUGCGGACAACAAAAAUGCGGGAGACGACGAUGCGAUUACCUGGCACGUUGGGCCUCGUGGCAAGGUGGAAGUGGACAAUGAAGCCAUUGCUGCCGUGGUCCGAGAAGUCUAUGGCGGCGGCCGACCAAACGAGGAUCUGGAGAGGAAGCUCCAAGCUAGUUUGAAGGUGAAGGAGAGGAAGCCGCCAAGGUCAGCAGCGGCGGAUCGAGCUCCGGCCACAAUCCAAGAGGAUGAGGAAGAGGAAGACGCGGAAGGAAACGACGAGCCGGAGCCCGGCCCGAGUACUAGACGAGGAAGACGGGGGUAGGCGCUCCUAUCUGGGUUUUAUUCUUUCUGGUUUCGUCUGUUUGGAUUGGCGCAAGGCGUUGUUAGGGUAUCUGUGUUCUAAAAUACCUGUGGGCUAUGAAUAAGGAGGGUAAGAAGGUAAAGGCCUUACGACAUUAUAAUGUCUGGAGAUAGGGUAUUCCUUGUCCCCAUAUGCAAUUUGUUCUUGCAAAGCGAAUAGCGCCCGGGUGAGCUACUCGUAUCGAUGUAGUAGGAUCGAGGCUAGUAAGUUUUAAAAGCAGUUGUUGUUGUUGU